CCCAUUUUACCCUUCUCAACUCUGAGCACGCACAAGUUUACGAGGCCAGAGUGCCCAUUUCUCUCUCUUAAUUUCUGCCCUGUUAGUGUUUGUGGGUGGGUUUCUGAGAGAUGGGAAGAGCUCCUUGUUGCGAGAAAGUGGGAUUGAAGAAAGGGAGAUGGACAGUCGAAGAGGAUGAGAUCUUGAUGAAGUACAUUCAAACUAAUGGCGAAGGUUCAUGGAGAUCAUUACCCAAGAAUGCAGGUUUAUUGAGAUGUGGAAAGAGUUGCAGACUGAGAUGGAUCAACUACUUAAGAGCUGACUUAAAGAGAGGGAAUUUCACAGCUGAAGAAGAAGAUAUGAUCAUUAAGUUACGUAGCUCCUUGGGAAACAGGUGGUCGUUGAUCGCUGGGCACUUGCCAGGAAGAACAGACAACGAGAUAAAGAACUACUGGAAUUCUCACUUGAGUAGGAGAAUCCAUUGCUUCAGGAGACCCGGCAAUGAAAGCCUACCACCGAUCCUCGUAGACUUAACCAAUCUGGGUAGCGGAAGCAAGCGAAGAGGGGGUCGAACAGCCAGAGCCGCCAUAAACAAGAAAACUACCAAUACCAUUAUCGCCAAUUCCUACAACGCAGCAGCAAUGACUUCGGUAGUGAAGGGAGCUGGGAAUUCAGUUACUGACUGUGAAAGUAACAUUGGAAUGCUUCUUGCAUCCAAUACAUAUCAACAGCAAAGCAUGGGUAUGAACCACCCAUCAUAUGCAUCAAGUGGCGGUGGUCAAGGGCUAGAGACUGCGGUACUAAGCAAUAAUGGGGGCACAAUGGGCGAGAUUAAGGUACCGGAGACAGAUGACAUUUUGAUCACCUUUGGUGAGGUGAUGGAUGCUGUUGAACAGGGGAGAGAGGGUUGGACUGAGGCAUUGGCCCUGGGUUUUACCCCAAUUGUCACCACCACCACCACCACUGCGAGCGACGAGAUAGAGAGUGGGGUUGCGAACUCAAAUGGGGAGAGUGAGGACUGGUACUCUUCGUCUUCCAAUAAUAUGAGCUGUUGUUUCGACGAUCAGGACUGGGCUGACUGGGACUGGACUGCUGCAAUUGUUGGCGGUGUUGUUGGAGCAGAGGAUAUUGAUAUUCACAGCAGGAACACUACUACUAUUACUGCUUUUGAUGCCACAAGUACUGGAAUGCGGGCAGAAGAGGGAGAGGAGCUACUGUCUUGGCUCUAG